AUGGGUCAGCGGGCCUGCGAUCAGCAGGGGAUCGCGCACAAGCCCCAUAUCUGCUGCGUGCCCGCUCCGAGCGCUCCCAAUUUGUGCAAAGGAAGCUCCUGGUUAGGGAAGGCCCAGCCCAAGAAGCCAUGCCCCUCUACGGGAUUGCGCAGAGGAGACGCCACCGCCGUCGGAAGUGGAGGAGAAGGAUGCAGCGAGGCCCGUGAAACUGCCGUCGAUUGCUCGCCAAGCAAGAGUAAGUCAAACGCCGGACCGGCCUCACUGAGGACUAGUGGCAUUACCCGGCAAUCACGUGGUGGUAGUAAGGCCGUAAUCCUCGCCAAGCGCCUUGGCUAGUUUUUGAGCAGUACUGGAGAACCUCCUCUAGGGCGCAAUAGCAAUUCUGCGCUAUUUUGGGGGAGGGGUAUGCUUUUAGGGUACACUUGGGAACAAGUCCUUUUAAAACCAACAAGAUAUGCACUAAGCAAUGGAUGUUGCCGCACCCCGAGUCUACCCGCGUUUAGGAGUGGAAAUUGUUAUUGGGGCGUGAGAAAAAACUGGGGAGAGGCGCGGUGUGUUGCCUCUUCUCCCUCAGAAAGAGGGGGGGGGAGCAUUCUAUCCAUUGAGCCCUGGCGAGAAAAGUCGCCCCCUGCUUGGGGUUAUCUCAGCUAGACCUUGCUAGGUGCGCUCAGGAAAGGAAGGAAAGGUUGGCUCACACUUCUUGCUCUCCCUCUUUCGUAGCCGACCAAGGACCCUGCGCAAGCGAGCCGGUCUCGGUCAGGGAGGCGAGCAAGAGCGCCGCUUCCGACGUGAACCUGGACCGGGAGGAUCGACAGCACUACUCCCGUUUGCGCACAGCGUUCACCAUGGAGCAGCUCCGCGGGUUGGAGAGCACCUUCCUGCGACAAACCUAUCUGAAGCAGUGGGAAAGGCAAGGCUUGGCCGCGGAGCUGCACCUGACGGAAGAGCAGGUGAGUGACUGGCCUGUGCUGUAGGCAGUAAGUCUUUGAGACACUUACUCCUGAGUAGUCCGGUUGCCUCUUGAGGUGCGGUUUUGGAAAGCUCUUCCUGAACUACAAUUCUUUAAGAAGCAGUUUCGUUAUUGAUAUACAGUGGUACCUCGGGUUACAUACGCUUCAGGUUACAUACGCUUCAGGUUACAGACUCCGCUAACCCAGAAAUAGUACCUCGGGUUAAGAACUUUGCUUCAGGAUGAGAACAGAAAUCGUGCUCUGGCAGCGCGGCGGCAGCAGGAGGCCCCAUUAGCUAAAGCGGUGCUUCAGGUUAAGAACAGUUUCAGGUUAAGAACGGAGCUCCGGAACCAAUUAAGUACGUAACCAGAGGUACCACUGUACAGUAUUGAUGUGGGAAUUAGGAUAGAGAAGGUCAUGAGGCCCCACCUGUGCUGGAAAUUAAGCAGGUCUGGGGGUGGUUUGGAGACCACUUGCAAAUUACAAGUACACCGCCUGAAGUCUGUGAUGGGGGAAAAAGCAGGGUAUAAAUGUAAGAGGGAUGAAAUUUUUGAUAAGUAGCAGUUUGUGCAAACUAGAGAUGGAGCUGGUUGAAGAUGAAAAAGUGUUGGAUCUGGAUUCAAAUCCACAUUCUGCAAUAGAUAAACUUUUGGCUCAUUGCUUGUCUCUCAUCCUGGCCUACCAUACAAGGUGGUUGUGAGGAUGACCUGCCCUGAACAACCAAGAAGAAGGAUGGGAACAAAUGCCAUAUGAAUCUCACAUAGAAGGGUAGCCUACUUCCCAGUGGAAGAAAAGGCAGGCUAUAAAUGUAAUAAUAAAAUAAAAAGCUGAAAAGUCUUCAGUUAUUGCUGAAAUCUCAAGUGCACUUACUAAAGUGUAAGACCAUACAAUGUAAAGUACUAUGAUACAGUGGUACCUCAGGUUAAGUACUUAAUUUGUUCUGGAGGUCCGUACUUAACCUGAAACUGUUCUUAACCUGAAGACCACUUUAGCUAAUGGGGCCUCCUGCUGCCGCCGCACCGCCAGAGCACGAUUUCUGUUCUCAUCCUGAAGCAAAGUUCUUAACCUGAAGCACUAUUUCUGGGUUAGCGGAGUCUGUAACCUGAAGCGUAUGUAACCUGAGGCACCACUGUACUACUUUAAUCAUGGCUUCUCCCAAAGAAUUCUUGGAGCUGUAGUUGAGCAUGUUGAGGAUUGUUAAGAGAGCCGUGUUCCCCUCACCUGGCUACAAUUUCCAGAGUUCCUUGUGAAGAGGUGGGAUGGGUUGUUAAAACUACUCUGUGAAUUGUAACUUUGUGAGGGGUACUAAGGAGCCUCCCAACAAUUCUAUAAACCCCUUAAACUACAUUUCCCAAGAUUCCUUGGAAGCAGCUGUGAUAGUUUAAAAUGGUAUAAUAGUGUGGUGAGUGUAGGACAAGAAUGUGGCCCAAGUUCCAUGAAAUUCAUGGCAUCUUACUUUUGAAUAAGUAAGCUUAAGGAUUUCAAUGUGUUGCAUGCCAUUUUAGAAGGAACGUCCUUAGUCUAAAUGCUUUGAGUAAGUAAAUGAAACAUGAGCAUAGGGGUAACUUGAACAUUAAGAGUCUGCAGUUUUUGAGUGUCUCUUGGUGGGGCCACCAUGGCAAGCCACAAAUCCAUUUCUCUUUAAAGAACCUGCUGUGAGAUUACUUUAGAGAAAAGAAGUGACUUGUGGACUGGUGCCAAGCUGCCUUUUGAAAUGGGAAUUCUUGCUGAGUGCUGCAUUGUGCAGAUGGGAGCAUUGGCAACUGUCUUAUCCACAUGGCUUGUUUGCAUCCAUUUAGCAAGAAAGACCAACCACAGGAUUAUGCCCAUGCCACCUCUUGUUUAUCCAGCUCACUCAUCAAAAGACCUAGGGCACAGUCAUUUGGUAAAUCACUUAGGUUGGGCAUCCUGAGGUUGUCAGUGAAAUGCCUACAGAUGUAGGACAAUUAUGCUGAAUAUUUUUGCACCAAGUUUGGAAGAGCCGCUGUGGCCUUAUUCAGACAGUUUAUAGACACUGGAGGGGAAACGAUCAUUUGGAAAGCCUUGCUGCCCUUUAGUAUCGUAGUGCAUAAUUAACAGUGCAAAUAUGCCUUCCUGUGGAAUGAACUCCAUAGUAGGUGUGUUUGGGGUCACUACUUAGACUGCAGUUCUCUGCAUGUUUAUGUUGCUUGCUCAGUGGAGCUAGUUGCCCAGAUUGCAGCUUUAAAAACCUGUGGGAUCUUCCCUGCGAUCACAAGUCUGCGCCAGGGCUCUGGAUCGCGGAGAGUUUCUAUGUUUGCUCCAUAGAACUUGAUUAGAAAACUCCCUUCCGAGUAGCUUGCUAAGGUCUAAGCAGAAGGGUUCAAAUUUGGGGAAGGUGGGAUUCUGUGUCCUCCCUUGCCUCCAUCCCCAACGGGAGGAAUCACUAAUUCUCUAGGCAUUGCCCUGAGCACAUUUCGUGUCUGAGGGAAGUCCAGUUACUGAUCACAGCAAUAGGCUUGUCAGGCCCUUGAUCAGACACUUAUAACUAGAGCUUGAAGGGACCUCUGAAGUCAUCUAGCCCAACCCCCUGCUUGGCACAGGAUGCAAGUACAGCGUCCUUGAUGGGAAGCUGCACAGCGUCUUUAUAAAUAAACCCAGUGAGGUAUUUACACCACUCUGCUUCUGUGAUAGUACCAAACAACAUGUAAAAUUUGCAUAGACUAGUUGGAUAGGAAAUGGCAUCAGGGAGGGAGCCUCUUAACUGACUGAUACCCACUACCAUAUCAUUUUGCCACUUUUAUCUUGCCCUUCCCCGCUGAGCGCUGUGCUCACAUCUAGGCACUGGCUUCUGUAUUUCAUAGCCUGUAGUUGAGGGGUAUGGACGCGGGUGGCGCUGUGGGUUAAACCACAGAGCCUAGGACUUGCCGAUCAGAAGGUCGGCGGUUCAAAUCCCCACGACGGGGUGAGCUCCCGUUGCUCGGUCCCUGCUCCUGCCAACCUAGCAGUUCGAAAGCACAUCAAAGUACAGUGGUGCCUCGCAAGAUGAAAUUAAUUCGUUCCGCGAGUUUUUUCAUCUUGCGGUUUUUUCCGUCUUGUGAAGCACGGUGUCGGAAAAGUUUUGGAAAAGCUUCAAAAAUCUCCAAAGUCUUCAAAAACCUCAAAAAAGGCUACCACACCGCGUGCUAUGAGUUGCUCCUCGAAGUCAAGUCGCAACUGUAUUAACGGUUUUAAGAAAAAGGAAACAAACUUGCAAGACGUUUCCGUCUUGCGAAGCAAGCCCAUAGGGAAAAUCGUAUUGCGAAGCAACUCAAAAAACCAAAAACCCUUUCGUUUUGCGAGUUUUCCGUAUUGCGAGGUACCACUGUACAAGUAGAUCAAUAGGUACCACUCCGGUGGGAAGGUAAACAGCAUUUCCGUGCGCUGCUCUGGUUCGCCAGAAGCGGCUUAGUCAUGCUGGCCACAUGAUGUGGAACCUGUACACCGGCUCCCUUGGCCAAUAAAGCGAGAUGAGCGCCGCAACCCCAUAGUCGUCCGCGAUUGGACCUAAUGGUCAGGGGAUCUGUUACCUUUACUACUUUAGGGGUGGAGAAUCUUUUUUGGUUUAGUUGCCCCUGACCAUUGGCCACAGUGGCAGGAGCUGUCAGUACCUGCAGUCAAAAACAGGCACCAGUUGGGGGAAGCUUCUUCGAGAUCAUUGCAGAAGGUGGUUUAUGAUCUGCUUUGGGAGACUCAUUGUACAAUAUUAAAUACAUGGUAGCGCUGCCAUUUUGUUACGUGGAAACUGGUCUGAAUGGCCCAUUGAUGUAAGUGACUGUGCAUUCUGAGAACAUGAGGCUGUUUCUGUGACUACUAGCUUCUGAAUUUACUUUAUUAUUCUUAUUAUUAGGUUAAAAACUGGUUCCAGAAUCGCAGGAUGAAACUUAAGCGACAGCUACAAGACUAUCGCCGAGGCCUCUGGCCUUCAUCUCCCGGCUGUCUGAUAUGUCAGCCCAAGAUCCCACCCAGCCUUCUACCUUAUAUGCCAAAUCCUUCUUUGUGGCCCAAUCCUCCUGGCUGCAAGUACCAGCCCUUCCAAAAUCCACCUUAUUCAUUUCCAUUACCUGGUCUGCCUUAUCACUUUCCAACCCAGUUCUCAGGAAAUUCAACUGAAGAGCACAAGAUGGAUUCCAAGCAAACUUUUCCUACUCCUGCGUUAGGAUAUGGGAUGGCGUGGUAG